AUGCCCUCUUUUACCACACUGUUGCUUGAAUCCGACGAGGCCGGUUACAAGCGGGCUACGCAGCCACAGUUUUUGGCCGCCGCCGCUGCUGGCAAAGUACCGAAAGAAGUUCUCGGCCAAUGGCUCGCAAACGAGCGGCUAUUCCUCCAUGCAUACAUCAAAGGGGUCGGACGCCUUCUCAGCUCACUCCAGCUGCCGCAUCUCACCGACAGUGCACAAGCGCCUGACCCGGUAACAGAGUUUCUGGACUUGUCAGUUGAAGGGCUCACAAAUGCGCGCCCGGAGGAAAAGUUUCUAACCGAGACUGCCUCAAAAUAUGGAAUCAAUAUCAACCUGCCCGCCCAUGGUGACGACUGGGUCGCUGAAGACGACAAGAUUGAAGGUUUGCGUCGCUUUGAAGCACUCUUUGGCUCGAUAGCCUGGAACGACAGCACCUUUCUGCCCUGGCUGGAAUCUGCUGUACUAUUUUAUGCAACUGAUAAGAUAUACACGGAUGCAUGGAAAUGGGCGAGAUCUCAGGUUGAGUCAGGUAUUGAUGCAAGUAAAGACUUGGAUGAUGGAAUCUUGAGACAGUUGUUGAUCCCUCGAUGGUCGAAUCCUGAGUGGGAUGUGUUUGUGGAAAGACUGGGCAAGCUGAUUGAUAGUUCCGUGGAACAUGAGGUCAAACUUCACCAGGAGGGCAUCAAAGCUAAACUAUCUGCCCGUGCUCGAGAGCAAUGGAAGUUGGUCCUUGCUGCGGAGGCGACAUUUUGGCCCAAGUUUCAACCAAUUUAG